AAUACUUUUUUUAAUUUUUAAAAAUUUUUAAAAUAAAAAUGGGCCGGGCCGGGCCGGGCCCGUGCUUAUGAUUUUUUUCCCGGGCCGGGCCUAGGCAAAAUCUUAGGCCUAUAUUUUGGGCCGGGCCGAAAUUUUUUUACCGGCCCGGCCCAUGAGCACCUCUAGUCAGCCUGUUGGAUCAAAAGCUCGCCUUUUAGCAGGAUACUUGGGCAUUCUAGUACGGAAUGCAAAUAUGUUGCCAAUUAACUACGAGUCAUGGCAUAAAAUGCCCGAGAGUAACAAGAACCAAGCUCUCGAUAACAUUAAGCUCUCGAUAACAUAAAAUGCCCGAGAGUAACAAGAACCAAGCUCAUUUAUAAUACUUAGGUUUAAGUUUCAUUUAUAUUUACUUUCUUAACUUGUGUUUUUUGUAUGCGAGAUUUGCUCUAGAGGUCUCCGAUGCUUAUGUAAAGAAGGCAUUGGAAAAAAGAUGGAGAGACCAUAAUAGCACUUUAAAGAAAGACUAUUUUAAGACAAAAACAACACUCGACGAUAAAUUACAAAAUGUCUCGCCGGGAAUGCUGAGGUACCAGUGGGAAGAGGUCGUUAGAUUUUGGACUUCGAAGAAAAGAGAGGAUCGUGCACGAGUUGGAAAAAGUAGUAGGCAGAAACAAAAAUUCACUCACAUAGCUGGGUCUAAAAGUUUUGCUUGUAUAGCUCAAGCCGAGGAACUGUCGUCCGGUCAAAAAGUUGGACGCCUUCAACUUUUUGACAUUACACAUAGGAAGAAAGGUGGAAACCCUAUGAGUCCUGAAGCUGUAGAAAUUAUGGAAAAACUAAAGGAUAAAAAGGCGGAGUACGAAGCGAUGCUUUCCAGUGAUAGUUCUGUUCAUAUUGACGACAUUGAUAACCGGAUUAUCACUGAAGUUUUGGGUCCUGAAAGGUAUGGUCGGGUUCGAUUUCAAGGAUCUUUUGUUAACCCAUCCCAAUAUUUUGGAUCCAGCUCGCAACAAUACAUGCCUUCGGGGAGUCAGGCUCAAGCUGAAGUUCAGAGGUUAAGAGACCAGAUGGCUCAAAUGCAAGCGACAACAGUUGAGCAAAUUACACAACUUAAAGCGGAGGCAGCAUCGAGAGAAGUUGAGGUUCAACGAAAUUAUGAAGAACUCCAGCUGCAGCUUAAAGCAGAUGCGGCAGCGAGAGAAGCAGAGCAGCGUAGAAAGUACGAUUACGAUGAAGUCCAGCAGCAGCUUCAAAAUAUGAUGAAGAUGUUUCAGCAGUCGCAACAAUAUGUGGAUAUUUAA